AUGGAGCUCGUAGUCGCGGCUACUGCUGAAAUUACUAGAUCCCUUAUCAGCUUUGUCAUCUCGAGAACCAAAGCCAUACUGAAGUCACACAGAAAUGUUGUGACGCUCCAGGAUGAAAUGAAGAAGCUCACCGAGCAUAAGAACAGCAUCAGAGAAGCCAUUGCAUUUGCUCGAAGAGAAGGGAAGUCUCCCACUUUAGAAGUGAACAAGUGGCUCCAGGAUGUUGAGGAGCUCGAGCGUGACAUGGACACAAUGCUCGAUGAUGGCCCUGCUAGUUCCUCCGCUGCUCCUUGCUGGAACAUCUCCUCAAGAUACCGCCAAAGCAGACGCACAGUGAAGAGACUGAAAAGGGCUAAAGAAUUGAUCAGCUCUUGCAAUUUCCAAGUGAUGUUAGCCGAUAGGAAGUCUCCAAGUAAAGCUGUACAGCGAAUGGCAACAGAAUCUCUGGCAGGCCAAGAAGCAGCCCUGGAGACUCUGAAGAGGAUCAUGGAAUUAAUAAACGACGAUCAUAUCAACAGGAUUGCGGUUUGGGGAAUGGGAGGCGUCGGGAAGACUACGCUGCUGGCGAACCUGAAUAACCUCUACGAAUGUUCCUUGGCUGAAUCCUUCGAUAUAGUCAUCUGGGUAACAGUUUCCAAGGACUCGGACUUGGUUACGAUUCAGUCUCUUCUUGCUGAGAGGCUGAACCUAGAGUUUGAGCCGGGGGAGAGUAUGCAAUGCAGGGCUAACAGGAUAUACCGAAGACUGAUGCUGAAAAGGAAGUCCCUCCUUAUUUUGGAUGACGUCUGGGAGAAAAUCGACUUGAAGGACGUGGGGGUCCCCCAUGGUGAUGAUCAAGCCAAGUGUAAGAUUGUUCUGACCACUAGGUCCUUUGAUGUGUGCAGGGACAUGAUGACAGAUAGAGAAAUCAAGGUACACCUACUGAGGGAAGAAGCAGCUUGGGAUUUGUUUGUGCAAAGUGCCGGUGAUGCUGCCAUGGUUCGUGACAUCGAGCCUGUUGCACGAGAAAUCUGCAAAAGAUGUUGUGGAUUGCCGUUGGCCAUUAAGACGGUGGGGAAGUCCAUGAGGAACAAGAGAAUGAUUGAACUGUGGAAAGAUAUGCUCCGCUGGUUGAAGCUGGUGGUUCCUAGUGGGGGGAGCUGUAUUGAGAGAGAAGUCCAUUUACCAAUGAAGCUGAGUUAUGACUCCUUGCCAAGUAAGAUACAUCAAUCCUGCUUCCUAUUCUGCUCUUUGUAUCCAGGAAAUUUCUCUAUUAAAGAGAGCGAGCUGAUACAAUGUUGGAUAGCGGAUGGACUAAUAGACAAACAUCAAACAAUCGAGGAAUCCUUCAACAGUGGGAUCGCUAUGAUUGAAAAUCUGAAGGAUUCUUGCAUGUUAGAGCAGGGCGAUGGGAUCGGAACCGUGAAG